UCAGUGUUUACCUAUGUUGGUAUAGUAUUCGGCAUUUUAUUGUAGCGCGUCAUAUAAAAACGGCUAAGGCAAUUCUGGAAUUUAUUUUUAUAUAAAAGCAGUAAUAUGGCUGGUUUACCAAAGUUGCCAGGGUUAACAUUUUCAGAUCCUACUCUCUCCAAAUUUAAUAGAGCCUCUACUUUUGAAAUAAGGAAUGGAUAUAAACUUCCUAAGGCAGAAUAUACUGGCAUUGGUGGAAGACAAUUAGAAGUAAAUUCAGUAGCGUAUAUAGAAAAAGGGGAUCCUGUUCGAUAUGAUCCUUCCCUCACAUACGGCCGAACAAGAUCCAGGGCUUUACCCCAAUUUACCCCCCAUUUUGUGCUUUAUGAUCAAAAAUGCCUUAACUUUACCGCAUUCUUUAAACAAUCUGUCUUUGAUUCACCCAAUGAAUAUUACAGAGUACGUCAGGUUAACUUAAUUUAUUUUUUGGAAGAUGACACGAUUACAGUAAUGGAGCCAAAAAUACCGAAUAGCGGUUUAGAACAAGGACGAUUGGUGCGACGAAACAGGAUCCCAAAGACGGAUCUAGGUGACUAUUGGCAUUGGAAGGAUUUAAAUUUAGGCAAGGACAUAUGCAUAUACGGAAUCGUUUAUCAUAUUGUCGAUUGUGAUGUUUUUACAAAAGAGUACAUGAGAAGUCAGGGAGUAAUUCUUAAAGAUCCAGAACAAAUUCCUCAGGACCCAUACACGAUGCAAAGGAAAAUGGAAAGUAUGGCAUCUGUAGGAAAAACACCUCCUGCUGACGACAAACUUCGUCGAUUUUUAGAAUACGAUGGAAAAGUGUUAAAUUUCGAUGCUUUAUGGGACGAUCGGGAUUCCGAGUAUGGAGAACUUCGUUAUUACAAAGUUUUAUACUUUUUGGCAGAUGACACGAUUUCUGUAAAAGAAAUGCAUGAAAGGAAUAAUGGAAGAGACCCCUUCCCUAUGUUGCUCAAAAAGACAAAGUUGCCAAAGAUAUGGACGGAUCGUCCAGUUGAUUAUCCGUCAGCUUACAUGGAACUGUCAGACGCAGAAGUCACCGAAUUCUAUCAACCGAAAGACUUACUGGUUGGCGAGACUAUUUUUAUAUUAGGCCGCAAAUUUCUUCUAAUCAACUGUGAUAAAUUCACGCGAAACUAUUACAAAAAGGUCCUCUGUAUAGAUCAGAAACCGCCCAUUGAAUGGAAAGAGAAACCAAAAGAACCACCGGAAAAGCCAAUGCCACCUCAUGACGGUUUCGGAGGUUUGGAGGAUUCCCUUCAGAACACGUUAACAUUCCUUCCUCAACCUCCAAAGAAGGAUGUAAUAAGGCAACUAUUGAAUGCCAACAAGUAUCUUAGAUACGAGAUGAUAAUGGACGCCGUUCAUCCUGAAGACAAGAUCAGAAAAUUCCUCCUAAAUUAUUCUUUAGCAGAAGGGAAUUGCAAAAUUUAUGAACCACCAAUAAGAAAUUCUGGAAUUACAGGAGGAAAAUACUUAAGUAGCACAUAUUUGAUAAAACCCGGAUCAGACCCCCUGAAUCCUUGUUAUUAUAAUCCAGCAGAUUUAUACAUUGGUGCCAGGAUCUAUGUCUUUGGCACCGUUUUUAUUAUAACUGACGCGGAUCUUGCAGUAUACAGGUACAUGUUGGACAAUCCGGACAAAUUUCCUCCUGCAGUUAUUGAAAAUUUACGUAAUCACAUGUUUAAAAAGGGAUACCUCCAGGAAGAUAUUGACAACCUGGUUGAAGCUAACAAAGAAGCAGAAAAGAAAGCGCAGAGAGAUGCUAUAGGACAAUUGGUAGAAAAAAAGAAAACCGAAUUGGAAAAAUGUCACGAAGCUAUGAAUAUUGGUGGUGGCUUUGAUAAUGAAUAUGAUGAAAAGAUGAAACAAAAACUGUUACGUGAAUACGAACAGUCGCUUAUUCACACGUACAAAGUACCACCACAUGGAAUUAAACCUAUAAACUUAGUAUGUCCAAAUAAAAUUAUCAUUGGAGAUGUUAAGAGUGCGGAAUGUCAAGAAGGAGAACUCUCUGGAAUUACUCCAAAACAUAUCGACACUCCAGAAGAAAUAAAACAAAAAUAUUACGCCAACGUUUUGGAAAAGCAUCAUGAUAUUUGUGAACACGGAAAAUCUGUGGUUUGUAAAGAUGCCCCACCGGUAGGCGAGGAAGUGGUACCAGAAGAAUUACCUACAGAUUAUCUUAAGAUAAGUCCCCCAGAAUUUCCGGGAGAAUCUUGUCUUGCUAAGCAAGUGAGCUUUGCUGACCAAAAAGAAGAUCCUUGCCAUAAAGACAGGAAGGAUUUGUGUAAUUUAAAACAGCGUAAAGAACCUUGCGACUGUACCCAGUUACCACCUUGCAGAACUGACUAAAAUUCAAGAAUGUGGAACACUAAGUUGGUACUUGGUUUUAAUUCAUUUACACUGUAAAAGUGGCCCAAUAUUGUAAAAAAAUAUACAUAUUGUAAAUCGAA